AUGGGGUCGGUAUCGCCAAACAAGCUGGUCAAGGAACCUCUGAAAAAGGGCAACUCUAUCGAUCAUCUCGAAUAUGUCGACGUGACGCCCAUCAUUGGCCGGGAGUAUCCCACAGCCAAACUGAAGGACAUGCUCACUGCCUCCAACUCUGAUGAGCAACUCCGAGAUCUCGCUAUCACCAUCUGUGAACGUGGGGUAGUCUUCUUCCGCGCGCCUCAAGACGACCUUUCGGUCGAUGAGCAGAAGCACAUCACAGACCUGCUGGGCAAGCUUACCGGUCGGCCGCAGGAGAACGGUCUGCACGUCCAUCCGUUGUACAAUGACCCCAACAACCUACCCAUGGCUGAUGGCACGACCGAUAAGAACAUUUAUGUGAUCAACUCGGAAGCACAGAAGAAGCUCUAUGCUACUAUGAAGAACAGGCCAGGCGCCAGUGCGGAGCCGCGCGAUCUGGGCCGCGAAUGGCAUAGCGACAGCCUCUUCGAGAAUUGUCCCUCGGACUUCUCUUUCUUGCGCAUGCAGUCGACGCCCCCAGCCGGUGGCGACACGCUGUGGGUCAGCGGCUACGAGCUCUACGACCGGCUCUCGCCCCCCUUCCAGCGCUUCCUCGAAACGCUCACCGCCGAGUGUGCGCAGCCCGUCUUCAAGUCUGCAUGCGAGGCCGGCAAGUACGAUGUCAUGAGCCCCCGCGGUAGUCCGCAGAACAAGGACUUCGAGUUCGCGCCGCAUCAUCCUGUCGUGCGCACGCACCCGGUGACCGGGUGGAAGUCGCUAUUUGCUGGCGUGGGUCUGCACGUUAGCAAGAUCGAUGGGGUCUGGGGCUACGAGGAUCAGAUGAUCCGGGAGUAUGUCUUGCGUCUGAUUACGCGGAAUCAUGACUGUAUCGCACGGAUGCAUUGGACUGAGGGAGCGUGCGCGAUCUGGAGCAAUGUCUGCACACUGCAUGCUGCGACGCCGGACACGCAUCUCGCUGGAGGUAUCAGGACCGGAGUUAGAGCCUCGGGCAUUGGCGAGCUGCCCUAUCUGGAUCCGGCCAGUACGAGUCGGCGGGAGGCAUUGGGACUUGUUGGCCUCAACUCGUGA